AUGUCCCAGCAUAUGCAGUUCAACAAUGGCUCGGGCGGCAGCUCGACCAUGGUCAUGGAAAUGCCCAGGCUAUCUACCCAACGGGAAAACUCAGACAAACAUGCCCGUGAGACGGUCGAAGACACAUCAGCAGGUGCCCUACCGUCUCCGACCACCGCUGUAAUUCAACUGCAGAAAUGGAAUUCCCCAAAAAUCAAUGGCUGGCGCUGUUUUGCCUGCUUUUACUGCUUCAUCAUUCUCGGAGCAAAUGAUGCUGCAUAUGGUGCUCUCAUUCCAUAUCUCGAAGAAUACUAUAAGAUCAACUACACAGUGAUAUCGCUGGUGUUCCUCAGUCCGGUUAUUGGCUACGCAACCGCGGCAAUUUUGAACAAUCAUAUUCAUACCGUCUAUGGUCAGCGGGGGGUUGCUACCAUAAUGAGUGUUUCACACUUGGUAGCUUAUGUGGUGAUUUGUCUUCAUCCUCCUUAUCCUGUCCUCGUGGUGGUAUUCAUUCUCUCAGGAUUUGGCAAUGGAUUAGGUGAUAGCGGAUGGAACGCCUGGAUAGGCGAUAUGGCCAACGCCAAUGAAGUUUUGGGCUUCCUCCAUGCCUUUUAUGGCUUGGGUGCAGCCCUCUCCCCUCUCAUCGCCACAGCCCUGAUCACUCAAGCGGGUUGGCAUUGGUAUCAAUUCUACUAUCUCAUGGUUGGGGCUGCAGCCAUUGAAGUUUUUGUUCUAACCGGUGCGUUCUGGAAAGCUGAUGGACAGGCAUACAGAGCCGAGCAUCCACAUACCGCUGGAGACAUUGAUUCCGGUACAAACACCCCCCCUGCCGCUGAUUCGGCCACCUCUUCUGCUCAGGGAGGCAAGCCACGCGGAUUUCUUGCCAGAUUCAGACCCUCCAGCACAGGCAAAAACCCGAAUAGUAGCAAGAGCAAAACGGCUGAGGCGGUCAAAAACAAAGUCACAAUACUCACAGCGGUUUUCCUACUUAUUUAUGUCGGUAUUGAGGUCAGCAUUGGCGGCUGGAUCGUUACCUUCAUGUUGAAUGUCCGCAAAGGAUCACCCUUUGCCUCUGGAAUGGUUUCGACCGGAUUCUGGCUGGGUAUCACUGUGGGCCGGCUCGUCCUCGGGUUUGUCACCGGACGCCUCUUCAAGACAGAGAAGCACGCAGUUGCGACUUAUAUCGUCCUCAGUGUGGGUUUACAACUGAUGUUUUGGUUUAUUCCCAAUUUUCUUGUCAGUGCCGUCAUGGUCAGUCUGGUUGGAUUCUUCAUGGCGCCUCUUUUCCCCGCGGGGGUUGUUGCACUCACCAAACUGCUUCCGAAGAGACUUCACGUGGCUGCCGUGGGGUUUGCAGCCGCCGUUGGAGCAAGUGGUGCCUGUAUCUUACCAUUUGCUGUCGGCGCCAUCGCCAAUGUGGCCGGAGUGAAGGUCCUCCAGCCCAUCAUUCUUGGGGCGAUGGUUCUGAUGCUAGCAGUAUGGCUUUUCAUUCCCAAAUUGCCCAAGCAGAGGUUGUCUUGA